CGCGGCGGGCCCCGGCGUUCCCGGGUCGGCUUCGGGCGCCGAUCGGAGCGGGCAGCGGGCUCCUGAGUCAUGGACUUCCCCUGGCCCCUCCUCUACCACUCCCACCGCCGCGCCGGGCCCCCCCGCAGGGGCUAGCGCUCGCGCGGCGGCUCCGAGGGGGUGGGGCUGCUGGGAAUGGCUGUGCCCCCUUCGGCUCCUCUGCCGUGCUCGCCCUUUUACCUGCGGCGGCAGGCGCCGUGCCCGCAGUGCUCAUGGGGCAUGGAGGAGAAGGCGGCGGCCAGCGCGGGCUGCCGGGAGCCGCCGGGCGCCCCGAGGGCCGCCGCCGUCCCUUGCUUCGGCAUAUCCGUGGACCAGGACGACAUCCUCCCGGGCGCCCUGCGCCUCAUCCAGGAGCUGCGGCCGCAUUGGAAGCCCGAGCAAGUUCGGACCAAGCGCUUCACCGAUGGCAUCACCAACAAGCUGGUGGCCUGCUACGUGGAGGAGGACAUGCGGGACUGCGUGCUGGUCCGGGUGUACGGGGAGCGUACCGAGCUGCUGGUGGACCGGGAGAAUGAGGUCAGGAACUUCCAGCUGCUGCGAGCACAUGGCUGUGCCCCCAAACUCUACUGCACCUUCCAGAAUGGGCUGUGCUACGAGUACAUGAGGGGCAUGGCCCUGGGACCCGAGCACAUCCGGGAGCCCCGGCUCUUCAGGCUCAUCGCCUUAGAAAUGGCAAAGAUUCACACCAUCCACGCCAACGGCAGCCUGCCCAAGCCCACCCUGUGGCACAAGAUGCACAAUUACUUCACCCUUGUGAAGAACGAGAUCAACCCCAGCCUUUCUGCAGAUGUCCCCCAGGUGGAGGUGUUGGAACAGGAGCUGGCCUGGCUGAAGGAGCACCUGUCCCAGUUGGACUCCCCUGUGGUCUUCUGUCACAAUGACCUGCUCUGCAAGAACAUUAUCUACGACAGCACCAAAGGUCACGUAAGGUUCAUUGACUAUGAGUACGCCGGCUACAACUACCAGGCCUUUGACAUUGGCAACCAUUUCAAUGAGUUUGCAGGUGUGAACGAGGUGGAUUACUGCCGGUACCCGGGCCGGGACACCCAGCUUCGGUGGUUGCGCUAUUACCUGCAGGCACAGAAGGGCAUGGCCGUGACCCCCAGGGAGGUGGAGAGGCUCUAUGUGCAAGUCAACAAGUUUGCCCUGGCAUCUCACUUCUUCUGGGCACUCUGGGCCCUCAUCCAGAGCCAGUUCUCCACCAUCGACUUUGAUUUCCUCAGGUACGCAGUGAUCCGAUUCCACCAGUACUUCAAGGUGAAGCCUCAAGUGUCAGCCUUGGAGAUGCCAAAGUGACCAGCUUCCCCAUCUCUCCCUUACCCAUCUGCCCGGCCAGACCUGUUCUCCAGGGCUCUGUCCUGCUCUGGGGGCCACACACUUGGACAAGGUGGGAGAGGGGACAGGUGGGUGUCCAGGAAGAAGGCUCCACCCCUGCCGCCCGCCCCCAGUGGAUGCUGCUGGAGACCACAUGCUUUUGUUUGGAGGGGCUGAUAGGACCCAGCUCUGGGGGGUCCCCUUCACCUUGCCAGACUUGGGGGGAGGGGGCUGGGGGGCUUGGGGAAGUGCCUGUAGUCAGCCAGGGCCUGGACCACAACCACCCCUGGGAAGCCCAGUAUUCCUGGCCUGAGGCCAGGCUGGAAUCAGGGCUGCCUUAGAUGUGUCUUUGACCUUCCUGGCUUGGGGAAAGGGGGAGAUGGGAGGGCUCCUUUCUACCUCCAGUGCCCUGAGCCUCCAGCCCAUCUCCCCCUGCAUGCCUCACGUGGGAGGUGCUGAUGAACCCAAACCAGCAUCAUGCCAACUCUGACAGAUGGAUGUACAUAUCUUGGGGGGGAUGGUCUAGAACUGGGUUUAAUGGCUCCCCCCAAAGCUGCCUCAUCUGAGAUCCCUCCCUUUCUCCAAGCCAGAUCCAAUCAAACCACCCCUUCCCAGACCUCUGCCCCAGGCCCUGUGCUCCUUCGCCUCCCGUGCCCUUUUUGCUCUGUGCUUGUGUUCUGUCUCUCUGCCACCUGCUGGGAGGGAAGGCAAGGGGGUGGUGCCCUCCUGGGCCUCCAGAGCCCAGCUCUGCUUCGUGCUUGGCCCGAGGGGGACGGAACCCAGAGGGGGGUGGCCAACAGCAGCCGGCAGCUUCCUGCCUUGUUCCCUGCCCUGCCCUGCCCUCCAGGGCCUCAGUUCUAAGGAUUUGUCUCCCCCUCUCCACCUUCUGUCCUGAAGUUGACCCAAGCACUUCCCACUAGGAAAUGAGUAGUGGGAGUCAAGGGGCCGGGGCUAGGGACUUCGGGGCUCACCGGGCAUCCAAGAGCCUGGGUAGGAUGGGUCGUGAAGGUGCUGAGCUCAUGGCCCCGGACUCUCAAUGGCCUCCACCUUCUCUCUGCCCUCACAGCCUCCUGGCUCUGGCCCAAAAAAAGUGAUUCAUUUGUAAAUUAUCAUGGUUUUCUGCAUUAAAAUGGCCAUUUCUGGAC